GUUGAUGGCCUGUCUCGCGUCUCCCGUCGGGUCUGCUCUCACCUCAUUUCUGUCCACGUUGCUCCCCCGCGGCUUCGCUGUGGGGCCUUCGCACCUCUGCGAGGGCAGGCUGGGACUGUGGUGGGUCGGCCGCUCGCUGGAGGCUGGAUCCCUGCUGGGGAGGGAAGGGGACACAGAAUGGGCCUCCAAGUAUCCCACUGACCCGAUGACUCACAGCCCAGAUGACGAGCUCACGGAGAACGAUGAGUCCAGAACGGGCCAGACCACCCGCACAGAGGCAGAAAAGGCACUGAUGGAGAUUGCAGCAAAUAAAGAAGCUCUAUUACAAAGUGCUGUCUGGAUCAAGUUUGCCUGCCAGGUGCGUCGCAGAUCCCAGAGGAACGUGGCGGCGCAGUGUGCCUGUGGAGAGGUGUGCGUGGGCGCGUGUGUGGAUGUGCGUCUGCGUGUGUGUCGGGACAUCCAGCCAGGAACGGAGCUGCUGCUGUACGGAGACGCUCUGGGGAAAAGUCGGAAAACGGACCCACAGGACGACUCCACCGGACACACAGAUGAGUCACCGCGGGGAGCGUCCGUUCUCCUGUCCUCACUGUGAGAAGACCUACGGCCUGAAGCGGGACCUGAAGGAGCACAUGGUCCUGCACACCGGAGAAAAACCCUACGUCUGCGAGCACUGUGGCAAGGCAUUCGCACGCCGCCCCUCCCUACGAAUCCACCGCCUCCUUCACUGCAGCAGAAUGAUUUACACACAGCUUCCGAAGGUGCAGUGUACACUCUGCCCCAAGCAGCUGGCUAACUCCGGAUCUCUGAGGAACCACAUGAAGCUUCACACAGGGGAAAAACCUCACGUCUGUCAGCAUUGUGGAAAGUGCUUCAGUCAGAAAGGGAACCUCGAAUGCCAUCUAAGAACUCACAACGGAGAGAAGCCGUAUCCUUGCACCGAGUGUGACCAGAGUUUCUCCCAGAAACCAGAACUCCGUCGGCACAUGUUUUCCCACACCGGGGGAGGCUUCCUCUGUAGCUACUGUGGAAAAUCGCUGAGGGACCCGCACAGCCUGAAGUCUCACGAGAGGCUGCACACUGGAGACAGGCCUCACCGCUGCCCAGUCUGUGGAAAAGGCUACACCUUGGCCACCAAGCUGAGAAGACACAUAAAGUCCUCUCACGUGGUGGAGAAGCCGUACAGCUGCCACUGCGGCGCCUCCUACACUGUGAGACAAAGCCUGCUAAGGCACCAAGCUCAGCACCGGACUGAGGGAGGAACUCAGGAGGAGGGGAAGGAAGAGGAGUCGGAGGGAGGAGAGGACAUGAACAGCGGCAAGAAAGAGGUCGUGCAAGAGUCAAGCUCCAACCACCCGAAGCCGAUCCGAGGCAGGCCCAAGAAGAACUCGCUCCCUCAUGGGCAAGGAGAGGAGGAGGCGGGUCAAGUGAGGCGGAAAAGGCGACCAGGAAAAGGGGAGGAAAAGGAGGCGAGGCAGGCGAGGAGGGACGUUGAAGAGACUUCGAGAGCAGGGAAGGGAGGAGUUGACUGUGACAUCCAACAGACCGUCGUCUACGUACACACAGACGACCUGUCCACGCCAGGCUCCGCCCCUCUGCUCCUCGCCUCGGACAGCUCGCUGCCCUCAGGGACGGGGCAGGAGCUGGUGGAGGUGGUGAUCUCAGAGGGCGUAGAGCAGUGCAUUGUGGUCCACGGGGAGCAGACAGUAGGAGAGCUGCUGAUCUUACAGGAGGAGGGGGGCGGACUCUGCUCCGUGGCUCAGACAGUCGAGAUUAACACUGUGUAGCCUAAAAUCCUGGAUCCUCAAAGUGUCUCCUACAGGAUCGACGUCCGAGUCCACAGGAGACACCUUCAAUUCAUUAUGUUCAGUACAUUUCAAUAAACUUUAUGGUGUGUUUUUGUUGAAUCCGCCUUCCUUCAGCCUACCUCGUCACCAUUUCCUUCACUUUAUUACUAUUUGCAUUCCCCAGAUUGCCUUUGAACAACCUCUGCAGAACAGAUGUGAACUCAUUAGAUGAAAUUAGCUGCUGGAGGGGAGAACAAAUACGAAUAGCAACUAGAGAAAUAAAAGUUCAGCCUGUUAUUUAGAUGCCAAUAUGUUGUCUGUGUAGUAACUGGUCCCGGAGCCUCUGCAGUGAUGGAUUUAGUUUUGUUUUGAUUGUUGAACAUCAGUUUGAUUCUGAAACCUAAAGCUCACAUUUACUGUUGAUGCUUCAGAUAAAACAAACGCUUAAAGAGUCCAUUGUAGUUGCACUGGACAUAUCUUAACAUGAUAUGAAGUCUUCUGCAUUCCACUUAUUCAGUUAAAAUUAAUAAAAACUGAAAAAUAAA